CAUCGAUAUACUGACAUGAAUCCAUUGGGAGUUGUGUGUGUUGUGGCCUGUUUAAUGGCCGGUGCUUUGGCCACACCAUCAUCGUCGCGCCAAAACAGUUUGAAACCAGCACAAUGGUUGAAACCCAGCGAAUUGGAAUCGACACCAUCUCUGGAUGAAUUGAGUCUGGAGCAGUUGGAGAAUAUGCCCUUGGAGAAGGGAGCCAAACUGAUGCGCAAAUUGUACCACUUGUCCCAAAUCAACCAUGGUGUCCAACCCGCCUUUGUGCCCAGCCCCAGCAACAUCCCGGUCUACAUUUUUGGCAGCCAUGGCGAAAAGGAAACCAGCAAUUUGAAGGACUAUGUUCAAACUGCCAAGGAUAUGCCCCGUUUUGGCCAACAAGAAGUGACAGUGUUCGUUACUGGUCUCCCGGAAAGUUUGGAAAAGGCCAAGAAGACCAACACCAAAUUCAUCCAGGCCUAUGUGCAACGCAACAGCCAGAAACCCCAAUCCCCUGAAGGCGAAAACAAUUCCAAUUGGGAAAGCAACAAACCAAUUGGUGGCCAUUUGGUUGUCAUCGAUUUGGGUCACACCAUCACCAAUGUUCAACGUUAUGCUGCCCUGGAUGUUGAUGAGACCGGUAAAAUGUUGGCCAAAUCCUUGGUUGAAUUGACCAAUGAAUGUGUACCCUUGGAAAACAUCCAUGUCAUUGGACAAGGUGUUGCUGCCAACGCUUGCGGUGUUGCCGGUAAGGUAUUCAAGGCUUUGACCACCCAUAAAUUGGAUCGCAUCACUGCCUUGGACCCUGCCAGCCAAAUGGCCAAGGAUCCCAAGGUUUUGACUGGCUUGGCUCGUGGUGAUGCCAAAUUCGUUGAUGCCAUCCACACCUCGGCCUUGGCUUUGGGUACAACCAGACGUGUCGGUGAUGUUGAUUUCUUCCCCAAUGGUCCAUCGACUGGCUGUCCUGGUGCCCACAAUGUCUUCGAUGCUCAAUUGCAGGCUACCCGUUACUACACCGAAACUGUCUUCCCCGGUAACGAACGUAACUUCCCCGCUGUCAAGGCCAAUUGCUUCAAGGAGUACAAGAACAAGCAGGGAUAUGGCAAACGUGCUUACAUGGGUAUCAACACUGCUCGCGAUGUCUCCGGUGAUUAUAUGUUGGAAGUCAACGACCAAAGUCCCUAUGGCCAGAGAACACCAGCCAACCAACAAAAAUCUCCACAUGGCGCCCACAACAGAAACUAUGAUUACUAGAAUGUUUUGAUGAUGAUCGUGGAUUAAGCCUUUUGGCGUGUAUGUAUUAAGGCCGAAGACUUUAUCCUCUCUGGAAUGAAAAUCAUUACAAAUAUUUGAAAAAAUUACCGAAUUUUUUAGUUAGAUACAAAAAAAGAAAA